AUGACUCUUGCUGCCUACAAGGAGAAGAUGAAGGAGCUUCCUCUAGUGUCUCUUUUCUGUUCCUGUUUCCUCUCCGAUCCCUUAAAGAAGCAAACUUACAAAUAUGAUGCAGACACUGUGGAUCUCACAUGGUGCGUUAUCUCAGACAUGGAAGUCAUAGAGUUAAAUAAGAGAGCCUCAGGACAUGCCUUCGAAGUCAUCCUAAAACCACCCUCAUUUGAGGGAGUCCCAGAGUUCAAUGCUUCUCUACCCCAGCGAAGAGACCCAUCCUUAGAAGAGAUUCAGAAGAAACUUGAAGCAGCUGAAGAAAGACGCAAGUGUCAGGAAGCCGAGCUUCUCAAGCACCUGGCAGAGAAAAGGGAACACGAGCGUGAAGUCAUCCAGAAAGCGAUAGAAGAAAACAACAACUUUAUCAAAAUGGCCAAAGAAAAACUAACACAGAAAAUGGAAGUCAACAAGGAGAACAGGGAAGCUCACUUAGCCGCCAUGCUUGAACGUCUGCAGGAGAAGGACAAACAUGCAGAGGAAGUAAGGAAAAACAAAGAACUUAAGGAAGAAGCUUCGAGGUAGAAGCUGAUGAUGAAUUUCACAAUUUGGACUGAGGAAUCCACAAGGUGCCCCGAGCAGCACAGCACAAUGUCAAGCGACUGAGACUCUUUUGCUUUGUUUGUUUGUGAAUGUCAAGAGAUGACCGGCAAAGCUAACCUUUUCUAAGACAGCUUAGGGAGGGCGUUGGGAUGAUGUAACGGGAAGGGUUGGCCAUCUCAUCCGCAAGUCCUAAAGAGUUAAACCCAUGAACCCUGCCUUCAACAUUAACUUCACAUCAAUGCGUUUAUUCAGAAUGGAUAGGUGAUGGGGAAAGCGCCGGU